CAGCCAAAAACCCUUACUCCUCCUCCUCCUCUCUACCAAACUGGGCUCACACUCUCACUUGUAACGUCCCUAGAGAGAAGAAAAUUCACUGCUGAAGAAGACCUAUUUCUCCUCAUCAAAAUCUGUGUACAAAUCCCAAUUCUCCCACCGGAAAACCCCUUUAGAGUUUCCUUUUAUGCGCGGAUUUUUUCCUAUUUUUUGAGAGGGAGAGAAGGAGAAUGGCUGAGGUGGCGCGGCAGCUGACGCCGGAGGAAGAGAAGCAGACCAUUAGAGACAUUGCUGUAGCCGCCGAAGCCCAGACUAAAGUCGGCGAUACUUUCUAUUUGAUCACCCAGAGAUGGUGGCAAAACUGGCUGGAGUACGUAAAUCAAAACCAAAGUGGCAAUGUGAAUGAUGGAUCUUCUUCUGAGCAUCAUGGUUCGGUCAGCUCAAGUACGUUGAAGAGGCCUUCUUGCAUUGACAACUCUGACUUAAUAGAUGAAACAGUAUCUGAAGAUUCUGCUCUGGGUAUUGAGCUUCAUGAUACUUUAGUUGAAGGCACUGACUAUAUACUGCUUCCACAAGAAGUUUGGAGUCAAUUAUAUUCAUGGUAUGGAGGUGGUCCUGUGUUGCCGCGAAAAGUUAUAAACACAGGUCUUUCACAAACAGAAUUGUCAGUGGAAGUUUAUCCUCUACGGCUCCAGUUGCAUUUGAUGCCAAAAGGUGACCGAUCUGCCAUAAGAAUAAGCAAAAAGGAGACAAUCGGCGAACUUCACCGACGAGCUUGUGAAAUUUUUGAUCUUACACCGAAGCAAGUUUCUAUUUGGGAUUACUUCAGUCAUCAAAGGCAUGCAUUGAUGAAUGACAUGGAAAAGACGCUUGAUGAUGCAAAUAUUCAAAUGGAUCAGGAUAUCCUGGUAGAGGUUAUCGACAGUAAAACUGAGGGUGGCAUAGGUCCGGUUCAGGAGAAUGGAUCUGUGCAUAAUGGAAGCCUAGCUGCUGCACCUUCACAGUCAACUUUCCCAACUUCUGGAAGUUUAUCAGCGGGCAAGUAUUCAUCAAGAAAUGGUAAUUCAGAUUCCCAGUUGCAGAACCUAAAUACAGAUAAGGCAUAUGGAUCAAGUGGUGUCAGUACAAGAGGGUCUUCUUGUGGUCUCACUGGACUGCUGAAUCUUGGAAAUACUUGUUUUAUGAACAGUGCAAUACAGUGCCUCGUCCAUACACCUGAAUUUGCUCGAUAUUUUCGUGAAGAUUACCAUCAAGAAAUAAAUCGACAGAAUCCAUUGGGCAUGGUUGGUGAGCUUGCUUUAGCAUUUGGUGAUCUACUCAGAAAAUUGUGGGCACCAGGGCGAGCUCCAGUUGCCCCCAGGCCAUUUAAGGCAAAGCUUGCUCGCUUUGCACCACAGUUUAGUGGAUGCAGUCAACAUGAUUCACAGGAACUUCUUGCAUUUCUGUUAGAUGGACUUCAUGAAGAUCUGAAUCGUGUCAAACACAAGCCAUAUAUAAAAUCGAGAGAUGCAGAUGGCCGACCUGAUGAAGAAGUUGCAGAUGAGUAUUGGGCAAAUCAUAUAGCUCGUAAUGAUUCAAUUAUUGUGGAUGUAUGCCAAGGUCAAUACAAGUCAACUCUUGUCUGUCCUGUAUGUAAUAAAGUUUCAGUUACAUUUGACCCAUUUAUGUAUCUGUCCUUGCCCCUUCAGCCCGCUACCACUCGUAGUAUGACGGUAACUGUUUUUACUUGCGAUGGAAGUGCCCUGCCGGAAGCUUACACAAUAACUGUACCAAAGCAGGGUCGUUGCAGGGAUCUGAUCCAAGCACUCAGUAAUUCAUGUUUGUUGGAUCUUAAUGAGAAGCUUCUGCUUGCUGAGAUAAGAGGCCACUUGAUUUACCGGUUCUUGGAGGAUCCAUUGAUAUCAUUAUCUUCCAUAAAAGAUGACGACCACCUUACUGCCUACAAGAUCCCAAAGGUUUUGAAGAACACAAAGUUCCUCCAGUUGAUACACCGACGGGAAGAACAGGGUACUGGAAAUGCUCAGAGCACUCUCGGGUGGAAGCCUUAUGGAACACCUCUUGUUUCACCAAUUUCCUGUGAUGAUACUAUCACUAGGAGUGAUAUACAGCUGAUAGUCCACACUAUGCUCUCACCCAUGUUAAGAACAAAAAACUGUGGAGCUGUGACCUCUAGCAAUGCAUCAGUUACAGUGUCAGAUCAAUCUCAUGCAGAUUCAGAUGUUACCAAUGCAAGAAAAGGAGAUGGUGGCAGUUCUAAACUAACGUCCUUGGAGAAACUUCCAUUGCAGUUGGUUGAUGAAAAUAAUGCUUGCAUUGAUUUAACCGUCGGUGAUGAUAAGGUGGUUAAGUUGUCCUCUUCCUCUAUGUCAAUACUGGUAUUUGUUGACUGGUCGCAGAAGCUUUUGGGAAGUUAUGAUACCAGCCACAUUGAAAAUCUACCAGAAGUUUGUAAGUAUGGGCAUGUAAGCAAGAAAGCUCGUAAUGAACCUCUCUCAUUGUACACUUGCUUGGAAGCUUUUCUACGUGAAGAGCCUUUGGUCCCUGAAGACAUGUGGUACUGUCCUCAAUGCAAGGAGAGGCGCCAAGCAAGCAAGAAGCUGGAUCUAUGGAGGCUUCCUGAAGUUCUUGUUAUUCACUUAAAAAGAUUCUCUUACAGUAGAUCAAUGAAGCAUAAGCUUGACACUUUUGUAAAUUUUCCCAUUCAUGACUUUGAUUUGACAAAUUAUGUCGCGAACAAGAACAGCACCCGGCGUCAGAUCUACGAACUCUAUGCCUUGAUAAAUCACUAUGGUGGCAUGGGAAGUGGGCAUUAUACGGCGCAUAUUAAGCUUCUGGAUGAAAACAGGUGGUACAACUUUGACGAUAGCCACAUAUCACCAAUCAACGAAGAAGAAGUUAAGUCGGCUGCUGCUUACGUGCUAUUCUAUAGACGGGUCAAUAAUGAUAGAGCUUCUGCAAGUAAUGGAGUCUACUCUACCAUUAGCAGCCACAACAUUCCCUCCAGUAGCUAGCAAGCAUAGGUUGGCCCAAAUGUCUGUAAAGUUAACUGUUAUUGAUGUUCUAAUAUUUAGUGAAUUUAAUACAGUCGACAGGAUAUUAGGAGGUUACAGGAAGUUAGUGUAGGCAUAGAUCUCAGAUAAAAUACAAGACGAAUUAGCUGGUCGGCCAUCGACCUUUUUGGCCUGGAAAAGAACACAUGUACUAUUUUUGCAUAUCUAGUGUUUAUAAUGUUUGUAAAA